UGUUGUUGCACUGCGGAUGUAUUUUUAUGUAACGCCUAUUAGACACUUGGUUCCGUCCAGCAGUAGCAGAGAUCUCGGCAGUGCAAAGGUUUUAGAGAGGUUAACAGGGUCACAUUUAACUCUUACAUUAGAGUAAUUUACCCCGAACAUAUAUCAGGUGUUACUGACACCGUGCGCUUCAUUUAAACGAGCAGAGACAGCUUGCGUCCUUCCGGUGGACAGGCAGGAACCAUGACGAGUUUAGCCAGUAAAGUGUUCUGCAGGGUGGAGAGGCUGUGUCGCCACCUCCCCGUGGUCCUCAACACCUUCCUGGUGUUCUCCAUCACCGGGGAGGUGAGCUACCUGGUGUUGCUCGAGGCUCCUCUGGAGCCGGAGCAGCAGAAGACGGCGGGGUCCGCCUGGUGGAAAGCUGUCCACCUGCUGGCUCAGUACUUCAUGCUGGGAAACAUCUGCUGGAACUCCGUGCUCUUCCUCAGGACCAGCCCCAGCAUCAGGGGGGUGUUCCUGGGAGGAGAGGGCAUGGGUCAGGGCUGGAGGUACUGUUAUACAUGCGAGACACACACUCCUCCUCGUUGCUCACACUGCUACGACUGUAAAGUGUGUGUGCUGCGGCGGGAUCACCACUGCGUCUUUUUCGGCCAGUGCGUGGGUUUCCGUAACUACCGCUACUUCCUGAGCUGCUUGUUGUUUAUGUGGUCUGGGCUCCUGUACGCCACUCUGAUGAAUGCAGAGGUCUUCAUUGUCAUAUUGAAGGAAGGUCUGACAUUGCACAGCUUCCUGCUGCUCCUCAUACCCUGGAUCAUGCUAGUUUCAGGCCAGGUCUCAGCUCGUGCCUUUGCCUUUGCCUUCAUCGCAGACACGUGCGUUGUGGGCUUCCUGCUGGUGUCCGCCUUCUUCUUCUUCCAUCUCUUCUUGAUGAUUCGGGGACAGACCACCAGGGAGUGGUACUCGACCCGUCGACCCUACAACCUUGGAGUCCUGGGCAACCUGCGUCACUCUCUGGGUCUUCGCUGGUACCUCUGCUGGAUCUGCCCACUCAUCCCAUCACCUCUACCUGGAGAUGGGAUGAACUUCCAGGUCACGGGAUCGCUCGAACCUUCCCGGUAACAGCUGGAAGUCUGAAUGUUAACAGGCCGUGUGUCUUUACUUCUGUGGUGAUGGUCAAUAUUAUCAGGAGCAGCAGGGUAGAUCACCUCAGUUCAAGAAGAGGUCGCUUGGGAUGGGAAGAAGCUGGAAUAGUAAGUGGUCAUUUAAGGUGUUAUGGGGUAUAAUUGUCUACCAGUAUCUUCUCCAGUAAAGGCUAUUACCUGUAGAGAGAACCAAGAAAUUAUGGGUCUACUUUGGAAGUAAUUUGUACACUUAUUGAGGCUGGCCUCAGAAUAUUGACACAGUAAUUAGCAGUGUUGCUGAGCAGUGAAAAUGUAUCUAAGCACUGAAACUGAAAACACUGAGCACUGAAAUGAAUGUAUAAUUAAAAAUCCUUGUUAAAAAGCACUCGCAAAUGCUGGCUGUGGCUCACUUGUCCCCUUGGGAUUGGUGAUAGAGACUAUAUGGGCCUUUAUCGUAGUGUUAUUUUGCCUAAACCUGAAGGUUGUACAAGUGUGGCUUGCACUAAUCCUCAUCAAACUGUAGGAUUAUAAAACACACAAUCAUUUUCCUCCUGUCUACUGCUCUGUGUCAGCUGCUACAAUCGUAUGCGCUUGUGCUUUCCAUUUGUCCACUCCUGUGAGCUCCAGCUGAGCUUUGUAUUGGAUAUUGUUGUGCCAAAUGUGACAAUGCGAGCAGUGUGAGGGGUUUCCCGAUGAUGUCUAAACAGUAUUUGUUAGAAAACAACAUGAAUUGUACAUGUUGUGAAAUAUAGUGUUCCAGUUUACAGACUAAAGUAUGUUUAAUGGACAUCGUCACAUUCAGUCAGUAAGGGACAAAACACAACUAAUCUGUGUUAUGAGAUGUCGUGUACUGAAUCAAGCAGCUGCUGUGUCUCAGUUCCUUACUACAUGCUCAUAGCACUACACUAUAUUAAUCUAUAUAACAGGAAAUCAACACUUUGCCUCUCUUACAAUACUUUUGCUACAACUUGCGCUGUCAAAGACCUCAUUCGAACUGUGACUUUACGUUUAUGUCAGUGAAAUGUGAGAAAACAAUGUUUUUCCAAAAGAAAAUGAGUUAUUUUUGUUUUCUGAAGUGUUCCUGGAGCUUUUUUACCUGACUAUUCUUUGAGUGUACUUUAUUUUGUCACUUUUCGUGUGAACACAGUAAACUACAUACUGUAUUACACAUGUAAUAUGGAUUUGAGACACAGCUAACAUGCCUUACAGCACUAGAACACUCUUUACAGUGCUUUCUCCCUCGCCCUCUCUCUCUCUUUUGCACGUUUGCUUUAGUAAUUUUGAUUCUCCUCGACUUAAAAUGUUGUGAAAAGAGUUCAUAUGGUACUUUUACUUGUCCCACAGCCAGAAAUAUUGUUUGUAAGUAUUGUUUAUUGUUUGUUUGAUUUAUUAAAUUAAAUUGUGUCAUGGGAAA